ACCACGAUUUAGAUUAUCUAAUUUACUCGAUUGCAAUUCUCAAUGCAUAGUAUAAUAUGGGCGCUAUAAUACCUUAAAAAAGAUACGAUACUGAGACUUUCACUCAAACAGGGAGCUACGUCAUCUCACGCAUGCGCUGUAGCGUCGCAAUAUAUUGCACCUGACAGCACUGACAGAAGUGACUUUAGUUCGUCUCGGAUUGGGUACAAAGGCAGGAGGCAGCGCAGUCGACCCGGCACUAUCAUCUGUUAGUCGCCAUAUUGAGCAGUUUCUGUUUAUCAGUGACUUGAGAAGGUGUUUCGUAUACUUAAGUGCCCAAAAAAGAGCAUUUCAAUGUUAUAGGAAGAAAGAAGGACCAACGAAAGACAAAGAGCGUGUGGCGUCAUAAUAUUGACAUUUACGUACAUUUCUUCAAGAUGGUGUGGAAGUGUUGUGUUCUGCAAUGUAAGUCCACAUCUCAAAUACCAGUACAUCGCUUCCCAGAGGAUGCAUCGAAAAGGGAACAUUGGCUAAUAGCUAUAGGCAAAACUGAUUUGAUCGGUGCGCCUAAAGAAACAUUGGCCAAAUUGAGAAUCUGUAUGGAACAUUUUCCGAAGAAUAUAGUACAGUCUUAUGGGUCUAGACGACGCCUAACCAACAAUGCUGUACCAAUAUUACAUUUGCCUUUCAAUUUUGAACAGCAUGUUGAUAUUAACGUUAACGAUAAUAUUUGUGAGCAUGUUAGUGUAGUAGAAAAUGUUCCGAACGAUUCUGCUUUUAUGCCACUGCCCAUGAAUAUGGGUGAAGAGGCAGCAAGAAAAAAUGAAGAAGAAGAAGGAAUCUAUGUUUUAAAAAGAAACUUGAGGACACAACGGAAGAUGUUACACAAUAAGAAGAGGAUUAUUUAUCACUAGUAUCAGAGGAUCGACAGACUGCGACGUGGGAAUACAUGGGAUGACAUCACGAAAGACAUGUCAAAUAUACAGAAGACUUUCUUCCAAAUGUUGACGAUAAAUUUAAAAUGUUCUCCACAGCUUUUGCUUGCAAGCAAUCAGGCUUGAUUAUUCUGGUGGCACGUGGUGUACACGUGAUCACUCAUAUACAAGUGAUUUAUCUGUCGAGAUGGAGAUCGAUCUUAUGGAUGUUACUCCGGAUAUUGGUGCAGAGGAGAGUUUAUCUGACACAAAUAUGUCACGCAAUAGGAAUAGUAUGAGAAUUAAGUCUAGUGCUAUGCCUGAGAAACAAAGGGCUCUCUGUCCAGACGAUCUAAAAGAAGAGCUGGACCACGUGAUGCCUAGCGAGGACAGUGCGUGAUCAGUGUUUGGAUUCGUCGACCUUUCCAAUAACAAACAAGUUAUACAAGCGAUUUUUGAGAUCUCAGAGUUCCUCAGAGUCUUUGAAGUCCACUGGGAGCAUUGAAGGCCGACGGCUAACUCCUAAUAAGGACAAUUCAGUUAACAUCCGCAAGGUCAAUGUUGAUCCUACUACUUCUGCUUCUUCUACUUCUGUGCCUCUUAUCGAUAAGGGAUGUAGCGACUCCGUCAUGAAGUUGAAGGUUGGUAGUGUCAGUGCCGGUAUUGAUAUUACACAUGAUUUUCCGGUCGUUGCUGGCAUACUAAAAAACCG